AUGAAAAACCAAGAGAGCCAUCACUCAUCGUCGGGUGGCUAUGCCGAGUCACCGCCCGAUCGGCAACUCUGGACGGAGGAAGAGCGCCGGCGUCGGAAAAAGACUUUCAGCCUGGACUUUCCCGGUGGCCAGGAGCCAACUUCGUAUGGCACCACCGAGCCCGACUCCACAGGCCUGCACGAGACCACGUCUACGACGAGCCCAUUACCCAGACAUCGCUCACGCACCAAGAGCUCGGCCGUGCGAUCACCCCAUCGAAACAAUCACCGGCGGCGCUCGAUUAGCGAUAUCCAGCCGGCACUUACACCUGGACAGCAGCAGACACAGCAGCCUGCCCAGCAGGGCCGCAGUCCUCCGAGGGACGAAGGGGUGGCCAACGAGGAGCCGAGUCACGUACAAACUAGUGACGACUCGAGUUGCAGCCACCAUUACCACUUGCACCAUCACCACCAACAUUACCACGGACAUCGUAGGUCCCGGGAGAGCCCUCGUCGGAAGAGUAGUGCCCACGUCUCGGGCAGGCGGCGCAGCAAUGAGGACAAGAACGCAGCUCUGACGGGUAGCUUACCUCGACGGCGAUCGCGCCAGGCAGUGGAGUACGUGUGCUCGAGUAGCCGACUGAGCCCCGGUGGCAACUCAAGCCGUUACGGUCAGAGUGGACACUCGCCACCCACAGCUGGCAAGUCACCAAGCCCUGAAGUGAGGCUUAAGGCAAUGUCAGCUGAAAGCUUAAGGUCUGUCAGCCCUGGCAGUGAUAGUGUUUUCUUCAGCGUUGAGGAGCAACCCGUAGACCAAGCCCACUGCCAUCACUGUGGUCGAGAGGUACCAGAGGAAAUCGUCCAGCCACCAGCUGGUUUCGCAGACUCACCAGAUGCUGGUCACAAACCGUCAUCUUCGACGAAGCAUACCCCAGGUCACCGAUUGUUCAAGAAAUUUGAUAAGCGCUACAGAACGGAGGACCGUGGCGAUCGGCGCCAUUAUCGAGGCAGUAUGGGACGAUCGGAUGUGCGAGCCAAAUCUGAGGAGCGAGAUGCCAAGUCCAGCAGUAGGUAUGGGGAAGAUUUCAGCAGAAAAAGACUCCACGCCCGCAGUACCGAUGCUAGUCUGGAAAUUUUGACGGCUUGCGCGUGGACCAACCAUUGGGACGCCUUUGCGCUCACCGACUGUCUACACUUUCCUCGCCUAGACCUUUGUUGCAAUGAUUUUCUCGAGAGCGACAAGCGGGUGAUCGUGAGACGCGAAGCUGGUGGUGAAUUUGGCUUUCGCAUUCACGGCUCGAAGCCACUGGUCGUGUCUGCGAUAGAGCCCGACACACCAGCUGAGAACUCGGGCCUUGAGGUCGGCGACAUCGUGAUCUCCGUCAACGGCAAGAACGUCCUCGAAGCGUCGCACUCGGAAGUCGUGCGGCUAGCACACUCUGGACCCGACGUGCUCGAGCUCGAGGUUGCCCGUACCUGCAACGUCCUCGCGCCCCAGGCCAGCAACAAGGAGGCCUGCAAGCCCGAGCCAGCCCUCCACUCGGGCUACCUGUGGCGAAAGGCUCGCUCAGCCGACAAGUGGGUGCGCUGCUGGUUUGCCUUGCGCCGCGAUAACUGCCUUUAUUACUACAAGACUGACACGGAUGCGCAACCACUGGGAGCAGUGAUGCUUCUCAAGUACGACGUUGACUUGACUCACGAAACACGAGCGCAUAGUUUUGCCAUCAGAAAGCACGGAGCUCCGACGCUACAUCUCGCAGCUGACUCGGCUGAGGCCACGACUCGCUGGUGUACGUUCAUCCACGAGGCAGUGGAAAGAAAUAAUAAGACGGACACGUGGCUGGACGGCUCGCUGAAACUGCGUCAGACUCCAGCCUGCAUGAUCCAGCGGCCCGACUGCGUGGGGUACUUGUGCAAGCAGCAUGAGCACAUGAGGCGCGAUUGCUCACCCGGUGGCUGGCCCCGGCGUUACUGUGUCCUUAAGGACGCGGUCCUUUACUUUUACAGCAACGCCAAUUCCGAGCAGACCUUUGGCGUUGCCUACCUGCAUGGCUAUCGGGUCCAAGUAAGUGCCUCCACUGCCGGAGGACGCAAGCAUGCCUUCGAGAUCCAGCCACCCGACCCCACUCAGAGGGUUUACACUUUUGCCGCUGACUCCGAGAUGGACAAGAAGAGAUGGCUGGCAGCGUUAGAAUACUCGAUCGACCGGUGGAUAAAAGUUGAUUGACAGUGGCGAAGCUCACACGCAGGUGGCCGUCAGUCAAGGAAAAAAGAGACGAAACGCUACACCGUAUGAAGUACCCGAAAAUCACCCCUCAGCUAAAGUUCUCGUGCGUUUCACUUCUAGUCGUAUUAACCAUCGAAUACUUUAUCGUCCCCUUCGCCGUCCCAGAAAAAAAAAAAAAAAAAACUUUCAGAUUCGAACAGUUAAGGCGUAAGUUUAAGAAUUAUUGUCAACGUUAUGGUAUUAACGUUCACACCAACAUUUGCCUCGUUUUAAUAUACCGACAUUUUUCAAUGUACCUCACGAUCGGUAUUGUCUGAUAAUUUCAAUUCAUUAACUUCACUUGAGUUGAUGAUACUAUAAUACUAAAAAAUAAAAUAAAUAUGAUAGAAAUUACUUUACUCGUGUCCCCAAAGUAACGACACGAUUAAAUUUUUUGAUUGACUUCAAUUUUAUGAUGCAAUGCACGUAGACUUUGGAAUCGAUAUUUUUUUUUAAAGUGUAUUUUAUAACACAAUUUACAUAAACAAACCAGAAUAAAA